GACCUUUCUCGAUGGCUGUGACAAUGUCUGGAAGAACCAUUCGACCGGGUUGUUUCGCAGCAACGGGAACGCGCUCACCCAUUGUCUUUUCAAAAAGAGCACUAAAACUUCAGCAUACCGAAAUCAAUGGACCGAGAGAGCUAAUGUUCAGAAAGGGCAAAGUACAGAGCAAACCAUUAUCACAGGUGGCUUUGGCAACGGACAGUGCUGAUAUCAGCAUUAAUACCCCCGCAACAUCCAACUCAAUUAUGCAGUUCUACAAAAGUAUCAACGACAAGAAGUUGAAACAACUAGAGCAGCUCUUGUCUGAUGAUUGUUUCUUUGAUGAUUACUCAUUCCCUAAACCAUUCGAAGGGAAACAGGAGGUAAUUAAAUUUCUUGAGCAACUAAUCACAUCUAUGGGCCAGCACACGGAGUUCAGUGUAGAGCAUAUUUGUGAAGGGGAUGACCUCACAGCUGCAGUAAAUUGGCACCUAGAUUGGAAGAAGAAACAGGUCCCAUUUACAAGAGGCUCCAGCUAUUUUGGAUUUGCAAGAGAUGGGGAAACGUUGGUCAUCAAAAAAGUGCAGGCAGUUAUCGAAUCACCAAUCAAACCUGGAGGCCUGGCACUGGGUCUAUUCAAGAUUAUCACUUCAUUAUUUGAUGCGUUCCCGGGGGCUGCAGAGAGGUUCCUAAAAAGUCCCCAUGUUAUAUUUACGCUGUUGCUAAAGAUCUACAACAUAAUUCUACAGCCCAUUCUGAACCCACUGAUAGCAUGGUAUCUCAAGUUGUGGAGUUUCACAGUCGGCAUUAUCAGCAUCACACUCAAGAUAUUGCAGUACAUUGCAAAGAGUAUUAGCUCGUAAAUGCCAUAACAGUUUUAUUUGCGAGCAGUAACUUUUCAACUUCACAUUCAAGAAAACAUGUACAUACACAUUUCAGAGUGGGCUUAUCUACAAAAAGAGGACAACCAAAACUUGCAUUUGAAGCAACUAUUCACAAUUCAUUAGCUUACUCAAGGGAAGGCCUUAGUUCAACUUUCA